GACCUCUCAUCAUCGAUCACCACUUCUAGUUGACUUGUUUGAUACUAGUUUCCAAAAAAAAGUUUGAUUUUUUUGAUUCAGACGAGAUCAAUCGGCGGAGAAGGAAAUGGUGCUGAUGCUGCACAUCGCUCCAAUUCCACUCACCCCUUCUUCUCCUCCUCAUCCUCCUCUCCGUCGGCACCGCUGCCCACCUCCCAUGGCCGCCUCCGCCUCCCACCAGCCCAAGGCGGCGCCCGUCGUGCUCGGCUGCGGCGCCGUCGGCGCGGACUACCUCGCCACCGUCGCCUCCUUCCCUAACCCUGACGACAAGAUCCGGAGCCUCGCGCUCAAGGUCGAGGGAGGUGGCAACGCCGGCAACGCCCUCACCGGAGCUGCUCGCCUGGGUCUCAACCCAAGGAUUAUAUCCAAGGUAGCUAAUGAUGCACUUGGUAGAAACAUUCUCAAGGAACUGCGAGACGAUGGGGUAGACACUUCGUAUAUGACGGUAGCAGAGGAGGGGAAUUCACCCUUCACCUAUAUAAUUGUUGACAACCAGACGAAAACACGAACUUGUAUACACACUCCUGGCUAUCCCCCAAUGACGCCAGAGGAGCUCACAAAUGAAAACCUCUUUGCUGCUUUACAUGGUGUAGACAUGGUGUAUUUUGAUGUUAGACUGCAUGAGACUGCUUUGCUUGUUGCAGAAGAGGCAAGCCAAAGAAAAAUUCCUAUAUUGAUUGAUGCUGAGAAAAAAAGGGAUGGAUUGGACGAGCUUCUUAAUUUUGCAUCAUACGUUGUAUGCUCUGCAAAAUUUCCUCAGGCCUGGACAGGAGCCUCAUCAACACCAGUUGCUUUGGUGCACAUGCUUCUAAGGUUACCUAAUAUCAAGUUCGUUAUUGUAACCCGGGGAGAAAAAGGUUGCUUGAUGCUUGAAAGAAGCAUGACAGAUGCUUCUGAGACUGAGGAAACUGAUGUAGAGGAUCUGCUGGAAUCGCUAGAGCAGAAAGUUGAUUUGAGUUCUAGCUUGCCAAAAUGCAUUGCUUCCAAGUCAAAUUUGAGAAUAAGUGCAGAUGGUGUAGGCUCGAUGAGUGGCAGGUUACUUUUAGGCACAGCUGAAGCUAUACCCUCUGAAGAGCUCAUAGAUACAACUGGUGCAGGUGAUGCAUUUAUCGGAGCUGUUCUAUAUGGUUUAUGCACCAGCAUGCCGAUUGAGAAGAUGCUGCCUUUUGCAGCACAAGUGGCUGCUUGCAGCUGCAGAGCUUUGGGGGCCAGGGCUGGUCUUCCUCAUCUCACUGACCCGCGACUGGCAAUGUAGUUUAUGCCUAUUGGCCGGAUCAAUUUCCCUUCCUCGCCACCUGUGGCCGUGCACAUAAAUAAUCCAAUGCCGGCGUAAUGCCUCAGAACAAAUCCUGCCAUUGUUGUGUUCGUGAGAUUGUAUUAAUCGGGACUUUCCAUGGUGUCAGCCUGACGAAUAUGAAGCUAUGCUCUAUUGUCGCUUCA